GCCAGCAGAGGAGUUUUUCGCGGAAGGCCCAAUUCCUGGCAGUCCGAAAAACGCAUGGGAAACGGGUCCCGAGCAGCCGGGCGACAGUUUGAUGGGGACAAUGUUUCAAAGGAACAUGGAAGCAGAGUCAGAAAAUGGCGUAUCAGCUCCCGUCUUAGAUUCGCAAGAUGCAAGUCGCGAGCGGAGCCUACACCAGGUUUCACAGGUCGCGCCUAGCCUAUCAUCAACACCGGUGCCUGCUUCCGGUUCAUUAUCGGCACGGAGAAGAGGAGCAGUGCUAAAAAAGAAGACGUCAGUAAACGACAUGUUUCUGGAUAGAACAGGAAGUACGGAAGGCGCGCCGAGCAAUUACACAGGUCAAGAAACUGCGAGGAGCGCAAUUUCACUUGCCGAGACGGCGCAGACAAAGAGCAAAGCCGCAGUCAUCGGCA